UGCUACACCUCCAGUCGCUCUCUCUCUCUCUCUCUCUCUCUCUCUCUCUCUCUCUCUCUCUCUCACACACACACAACCUGAAUGAGGCUGCUGUAGCGGGAAUAGGCUGUAGAGCGCAGAGGUUCUACAAAGCGUUAAUAAUCAGUCACUUUUGGAUUCCUCAAGAAACCGUCCCCAUAGGGGGAUUCAUGCUCAACUUCCACUGGAAGCUCCUGAACUUUUUCCUUUUAACUAGCAUUAAUUUCAGCCCAUCCUUCCUUUAUUUCUUUUAGAAGUUUUGCUGCACUUUGUGACAAUGCACUCCACUUCAUCCAUCACAUCACUGUUUUCAUUUACAAGUCCAGCUGUGAAGCGGCUGCUGGGCUGGAAACAAGGUGAUGAGGAGGAGAAAUGGGCAGAGAAGGCUGUAGACUCACUAGUGAAGAAGCUGAAGAAAAAAAAGGGUGCAAUGGAGGAGCUAGAGAAGGCACUAAGCUGUCCAGGUCAACCAAGCAAGUGCGUGACCAUCCCGCGCUCCCUGGACGGACGGCUGCAGGUGUCGCAUCGGAAAGGCCUGCCACAUGUCAUCUACUGCCGUGUGUGGCGCUGGCCUGACCUCCAGUCACACCAUGAGCUUAAAGCACUGGACUGUUGUGAGUUUCCAUUCGGCUCCAAACAAAAAGACAUCUGUGUCAACCCCUACCACUACCGCCGUGUGGAGACACCAGUGUUGCCUCCUGUCCUGGUACCUCGCCACAGCGAGUUUAACCCUCAGCACAGUCUGCUAGCUAAAUUCCGCCAUGCUUCCCUACACAGUGAGCCACUCAUGCCCCAGAAUGCCACUUUCCCAGACUCGUUUCCUCCACUGCCUUGCAGCUCUUUCUCCUCUUCUCCAUCCAGUUCUCUUCAGUCCCCGAAUACACACAGCCACCCAAACUCCCCAAGCAGUACGUCGGACCCUGCAAGUCCCUAUCACAUCACAGCAGAGACUCCACCACCACCGUACAGCAUGAUGGAAACAAGCCCUCCACAGGAUGUGAAGCCAGGAGAGUCAUCCAACACGACUAAACUCACUCUAUCUGCUCCACACAGAGACUUGAGGCCAGUGUGUUAUGAAGAACCAGAGCACUGGUGUUCUGUGGCAUACUAUGAACUGAACAACAGAGUUGGAGAGACCUUUCAUGCAUUAUCACGGAGCAUUCUGGUGGACGGCUUCACAGACCCAUCUAACAACAAGACUAGGUUCUGCUUAGGGCUGCUGUCUAAUGUCAACCGCAACUCCACCAUUGAACACACCCGCCGGCAUAUAGGCAAAGGUGUGCACCUCUAUUAUGUAGGGGGUGAGGUGUACGCUGAGUGCCUGAGUGACAGCAGCAUUUUCGUACAAAGUCGCAACUGCAACUACCAGCAUGGCUUCCAUGCCACCACUGUGUGCAAAAUCCCCAGCGGCUGCAGCCUCAAGAUUUUCAACAACCAGUUGUUUGCCCAGCUGCUGUCGCAAUCAGUCAACCAUGGCUUUGAGGUGGUGUAUGAGCUCACUAAGAUGUGCACCAUCAGAAUGAGCUUUGUUAAGGGCUGGGGUGCAGAAUAUCACCGCCAGGAUGUCACGAGCACCCCCUGCUGGAUAGAGAUCCACCUGCACGGACCUCUGCAAUGGCUUGAUAAAGUUCUGACCCAAAUGGGUUCUCCACACAACCCUAUCUCAUCUGUUUCCUAACACUGUAUAUACACUCUGUAACUUACAGACUCCACACUCCACAGCCUGAGGAUCAGCACAGAACUAAGCAGUGUCCAAACUGCCAUCUCAGAGUUCACUAGAGGAUCAUGGUACCAGUAGUCUAUUACAGACUAAAGACUUUUAAAGCAUCUUGUGCAUCUAAUUGUUGAAGAAAGUUUUACAAUUGUUUCUGUGUACUUUAAUUUUCUUUUUUUUUUUUUAAAUCAGAAUCACUUUUCCAUAAUCUGAUUUCUGUACAGUCCAUACAGCAACACAGUGAUUGAGAAUUGAGGAACAAGUAAAGGCAAAUCAUCAGGACUAGCAAUGUUAGCUUGAUGUUUGUUUUUGUGUUGAAAAUAUGAGUAAAUAUUGAACCCUA